CUCUCAGCAGCGCAGCCCAGAAGCAAUUCGCUGCAAAGGCAUUCCGAGGAUUCCUCCUCCUCCUGCCCCCCCUGUCCGACAGGUGUAGCCGGCUGCGCUCAGUCGGAGGCAUACGGGGGCGCGGCGGCUGAGAGAACGUCAUUCAUGCUCAUCUAUGGGUGAGUGUCUGCGGAAAGCUUGCCCGUGUCUGGACGCACUAUGGCUGAGGAUUUUCGGCGAAAAGCCUCCAGAAGGAGAAGGAGAAGGAGGAGGAAGCGGCGGCGGAGAGGAGGAGAGACCGAGACCGAGACCAGCCAGUCCGCCGCCGCCGCCGCCGCUGGAGAGAUGCUCCAUGUACACGGCGCUGUGGCCCUUUCAGUCCCGGCACGUGGACGAGCUGUCCUUCAAUGAGGGGGACCUGUUCAGUGUUGUCAGCCGCAGCGGGGACUGGUGGACCGCACGGAAAAUCGACAAGAACGGGUGCGUCCUGGACACCGGGAUCGUUCCCAAAAACUACCUGGAGCGGGCCGAGUCCCUACGAAACCAACCGUGGUAUUUUGGGACAAUGACCCGCCACGAGGCCCAAAGCCACCUGCUGGGAUCAGGAAACGAUCACGGAGCUUUCCUCAUCCGACGCAGCGCGAAAGAUGACAUUGGAUACGUUCUUUCACUGAGGUCGAGCAGUCGGGUGAAGCAUUUCAAGGUCCUCAAAGCAGAUGAGAGGAAUUUUUACGUGGAGCACGGCCACCAUUUCAGCUCUCUGAUCGACUUGGUGGAGUACUACCGCGCAAACAGCCUGAACAACACCAGCACGCUGGGAGUCUCCUGCAAGAGGAAAAAGCCCAGCACUCGGGACUUGAAUCCUUUUACGGUGGAUGAGUGGGAGCUCCCCAAACAGGAGUUCACCUUGGAGGAGGAGCUGGGCAGCGGCUACUUUGCUGACGUCUACCGGGGGCGCUGGAAGAACCACAUUAAUGUCGCCAUCAAGAUCAUCAAAAGUGAUUCAGAGUUGAACCACCGUGAAUUUCAGAGCGAAGUUCAGAUCCUAAAGCGUCUCCGCCAUCGUCACCUCAUCUCUCUGUUUGCCGUGUGCACGGCCUCGGCACCGUACUACAUCAUCACCGAGCUGAUGGAGAAAGGCAGCCUGCUCAGCUUCCUCAGAGGUCCAGAGGGGCCAGCCCAAGAUGUUGUAUCUCUCAUUGACAUGGCGGCCCAAGUGGCUGAUGGGAUGGCAUACCUGGAGGAGCAGAACAGCAUCCACAGAGAUCUGGCGGCUCGAAACGUUCUGGUGGGAGAGGACAACAUCUGUAAGGUGGCCGACUUUGGAUUGGCCAGAGUGAUCAAGGAGCCGUUCUACAUCACAGAAGAUAAAAAGAUUCCCUUCAAGUGGACCGCUCCUGAGGCCAUCAGCCAUGGGAAGUUCUCCAACAAGUCAGACGUCUGGUCUUUUGGUGUGUUGCUCUAUGAGAUUAUCACCUGUGGCGGUGCUCCUUACCCAGCCUUUAGCAACCAGGAAGUGUACCAGCAGGUUACCAACGGGUACAGGAUGCCAGCCCCGGCCAAAUGUUCCAACUCUCUCUACCAACUCAUGCUGAAAUGUUGGAGCUUAGAGCCCGACGACAGGCCAGACUUCAAGACUCUCAAGGCCAAACUGGACAGCAGCUCUUACGAGUUGGAGAGUGACUAAUUUCCUUUUUUGUCUGACUAAACAGAAAAAGCAGUCACAUUAGGGAGGCUGAAACCAGAGCAUGUUUGGCAUUUCGACAAGAGAAAAUUCAGUAAAAUUUACCUCAUUUUCCUAUGCUUAUGUGUGUACGUGACUGAGAACAACCAUCUUUGAAAUCGGUCCAGUAUUGAGUGAGAACACUGUGACAUCCAACCGGGCUGCAAUGUAAUCCUGUAGGUCAAUUUCUGUUUUUGCUGC